UACAAGUAUUUUUUGUAUUGACAACUAAAGAUUUGCUCUUCUUCUUAUUUCUCCCUGCAACAACGGCCAAAAAAAAUGAGCGCAGUUGCAGACACAAUAACCCAUUGGUUUAAUUUCCCAGAAAACAUCGGAAAAAUAAUGUUCCCUUUGCGGACUCACGACAGUCGUGAGAACGGGAACAAAGUAAACAGUAGCAUUCCGGCCGACAUUUUAGACACUCCCAAGGAGAUCGUUUUCUAUUUAGAUGUUCCGGGCUUGUCCAAAUCUGAUAUCCAGGUUACUGUUGAAGAUGAGAAUACUCUGGUUAUCAAAAGCGGUGGGAAGAGGAAACGUGAGGAAGUAGAAGAGGAAGAGUGUAAAUACUUAAGGCUCGAGAGGAAAGCAGCCCAAAAGCUUAUGAGGAAGUUCCGGUUGCCUGAGAAUGCUAACUUUUCGGCUAUUACGGCUAAAUGUGAGAAUGGGGUUUUGACUGUGGUGGUCGAGAAGCUUCCUCCGCCUCCAAAGCCUAAAACCGUUGAAGUUGCAAUUGCUUGAGAUAAUGAUGAAUGCGUGAGGGCGGUGGCCCAUGGUUUUUGUUUUAACAAAUCAAGUUAUUCUAUGAAAACAGCAAUAGGAGGAUGGAUAUGUUUAGCCGUCGAAGGCUUCCAGGUUUCUCGACUUUGGGAAUCAAACCAUGUUUGUUGUCUUUGGAUGUUGAUCCGUGUAGGUACUUUUGUUUGCAAUGUAAUGUAAUUGGGUAGAUUUGCGCCUCUUCAGUUAUCAGAUACAUUCGUUAUCCACCUUCAGUAUUAAUCUGUCAAUGAGGCUUGACCUCUUUA